AUGGCUCUGGACGAGCAAAUGCUCCACCUCAGCCUUGAGGAUCACCGGCCCGUUAAUUUCGCCAUGGUUGUGACGCCACCUGCAGAGAGCGAACUAGGACAUCCGGACAAAACAGCUGGUCUAUUUUCUGAUCCCGCCACGACGAGCUUGCCGCAGACUGCGACUGCGAAUCCGAAUGCGAAUGCGAAUGCGCCCGUGACGGCGGCCGCGACCGAUGCCCAUUCCAUGGCCCGAAUCUACCGCUGCACACCAACCCCGACUAUUCUCCUCGACGGCUCCCUUCGGGUGAUCCAGACUUCCGAUAGUCAUUUAAAUUUCUUCAAACAUGAUAGCAAAGAUUUACUGGGAACGAGUGUAUACGAGCUGGCACCGGGCAUCAUCCCUGCGCCGGGCAUCGUUUCGUUGAGUGGCGCGCUCGGUGCAGCCAUUACAACCCGCGAGGUUCAAACUAUCGAAAACAUUCACGUCCAAGACCACGACUCCGAAUUUUCUCUGCGCGUGACACCUAUCUUUGACGGCGACACUUUAAUAUAUGUACUCUUGGAAGCCCACAUUACGAGGCGAUCGAAGUCUGCGCCAAAGAUCAGUGAACAGACUUACAUCAACGAGACCUACAGAACUCUGAUAGAUACCGUUAAGGACUAUGCCAUAUUCAUGUUGGAUAUCCGGGGUCAUAUUGCGACAUGGAAUUCAGGUGCCGCCAUUCUCAAGGGGUACACGGCGGACGAGAUCAUCGGCCAGCACUUUUCGAUCUUCUACGGAUCUGAGGAUCGCGAGACCGACAAACCAGGCCGUGAGCUCGAGGUCUGCCUGCGCGACGGAAAAGUCGAGGACGAGGGAUGGCGCUAUCGGAAAGACGGUGGGCAAUUUUGGGCCAACGUCAUGAUCACCCCGAUCUAUCAGUUUGGACGCCAUGUGGGAUUUGUCAAGGUCACUCGAGACCUGACGGAGCGAAAGGCUGCAGAGGCGCGGCUGAUCGACGCGUUUGAGGAAUCCUCCAAAAUGAAAACUGAUUUUCUUGCGAACAUGUCUCACGAGCUACGCACCCCUAUGAACGGAAUGUUUUUGGCCCUGACCGUGCUGAUGAGAACGUCUCUCAGCCCCGAGCAGCUGGAAUAUGCAUCGAUUUUGGAAGACUCGACUUCCAUCCUGCUACAGGUUAUCAACGAUGUGCUAGACUACUCGAAAUUGUCAUCGGGCUCCUUUUCUCUGACUGCCGAUGUCUUGGAUGUCCCCGCCGUGGUGAGUGCGGUCAUAAGAAACUGCCAGCCAACACUCAAGUCCGGGGUCGUGCUCGAGACUUCUGUGGACCCCAGCUUCCCCAGGGGUAUCAAGGGUGAUCCUCUGCGUUUUCGCCAGAUCUUGCAAAACCUCGUCGGCAAUGCUGUCAAGUUCACCGAGAGUGGAUACGUCCAUGUGAAUGCAUCUUACUCAGUGGAUGAAAGCAAUCCGCAAUCGUACAACAUUUCAGUCCAGGUGGUGGACUCUGGAAUAGGAGUCCCCGAGGAUGCAACCAGUACACUUUUCACUCCCUUUACUCGAUUUGCGGAUUCGACCACGAAGCGUUAUCAGGGGACUGGAUUGGGACUUUCCAUUUGUAAAAGUCUUGCCGAACUCAUGAAUGGAGCGGUUGGGUUUCAUGCGAAUCCCGAUGGUCUCGGUAGUGUAUUUUGGCUGUCGGCCAAGAUGGGCCGUAUCGACCGGCAUGUUCCGUCAACCCAACGAAUGGCCUCGAAAGUGCAGGAAGUUACCUUGGAUAGGUCAUCUCUGCUUCAGAAAGUGGCUAUGCACAAACCUAUUCUGCUCGUGGAAGACAACAAAGUCAAUCAAACGAUCAUGCUCAAGCUUCUGGGAACGUUGGGCUUUGACCGCGUGGAUGCGGCCUGGGACGGGGCUGAGGCCGUGCGCAUGGUAAAACAGAAACCUUUUGCCUACAAUGUGAUUCUGAUGGACAUCAACAUGCCCGUGAUGGACGGAUUGACAGCGACGGAAAAAAUUCGGCAACUCAACAUUGACGUCCCUAUCAUUGCACUGACUGGAAAUGCCCUGAAAGGCGACGCGGAAACUUAUCUGGCCAAGGGGAUGAAUGACUAUGUGGCUAAGCCAAUCCACCGGCAGCAGUUGGUGGAUGUCUUGUGGAAGUGGUGCGGAUCAUAA